GCCAUUUUCAUGUUCAGAAUGUGGAAAAUGUUUUACUGUGAAGCCACAUCUUGUUAAACAUAAAAGAACUCACACAGGGGAGAAACCAUUUUCAUGUGCAGAAUGUGGGAAAUGUUUUUCCCAAAAAUCAAGUCUUGCUAAACAUGAAAUAACUCACACAGAGGUGAAGCCAUUUUCAUGUUCAGAAUGUGGAAAAUGUUUUACUACGAAAUCAAAUCUUGUUCAACAUCACAUAACUCACACAGGGGAGAAGCCAUUUUCAUGUUCAGAAUGUGGAAAAUGUUUUACUAUGAAAUCACAUCUUGUUGGACAUCACAGAACUCACACAGGGGAGAAGCCAUUUUCAUGUCCAGAAUGCGGGAAAUGUUUUACUAUGAAAUCACAUCUUGUUGAACAUCACAGAACUCACACAGGGGAGAAGCCAUUUUCAUGUCCAGAAUGCGGGAAAUGUUUUACUAUGAAAUCACAUCUUGUUGAACAUCACAGAACUCACACAGGGGAGAAGCCAUUUUCAUGUCCAGAAUGUGGGAAAUGUUUUACUAGGAAAUCAACUCUUGUUAGUCAUCAAAGAACUUGCAAAAGCAAUAAGCCAUUUUUAUGUACAGAAUGUGGAAAAUCUUUUACUGAGGAAUCACAUCUUGUUGAACAUCACAGAACUCACACAGGAGAGAAGCCAUUUUUAUGUUCAGAAUGUGGGAAAAGUUUUACUCAGCAACAUCAGCUUGUUAGGCAUCACAGAACUCACACAGGGGAGAAGCCAUUUUAAUGUCCAGAAUGUGGGAAAUGUUUCGCUAUGAAAUCAAAUCUUGUUAGGCAUCAAAGAACUCACAAAGGCAAGAAUCCAUGGGAAUUCCGGUCUGCCUGCUGAUAUC